UUUGAAAAAUGUCCCUAACUUCAACUUUAUUAAAAAAUUAUUUUUCUCGCAAUUUAUUCAAAAUUCAAUCAAGACAAUUAAAUUUACAAGAAUAUCAAAGCAAAGAAUUGCUACGUUCAAAUGGCUGUGUUGUUCAAAAUUUCUUUGUUUGUGAAAAAGAAGAGAAGGAUUUGGAUAAACUUUUUGAUAAAUAUGAUUACAAGGAAUAUGUAGUUAAAGCUCAAAUCCUCGCUGGAGGCCGUGGUAAAGGUCGCUUUAUUAACAGUCAAUUUAAACAAAGUGGUGUGUUUAUUACUACAAGCCAAGAACAAGCAAAAUUUUCAACACUUGAUAUGUUAGGAAGAAGAUUGGUAACAAAUCAAACUGGAUCAGAUGGUGUUUUAGUUAAUCAAGUUAUGAUAGCUGAAUCAGUCCCUAUUAAACGUGAAGCUUACCUUUCUAUUCUUAUGGAUCCGUCUACUAGUGGACCGGUAGUUGUUGCCUGUCAUAUGGGAGGAGUGGAUAUUGAAAAAGUGGCAGAAAGAAAUCCUGAAUUAAUAUUAAAGCUACCAAUAUGUAUAAAUAAGGGAAUAACUAAAGAACAAUGUGAACAAGUCGCAGAAUGGUUAUGCUUUGAUAAUGAAGCUGUUCCGUAUAACUAUCUAAUAAAACUUCUCUCAUACCUAUUUCUAACUUAUUUUUCUUUUUUAAAUUUAUUUUUCAUUUAUAUUUUGCUUUUCUCCUAA